AUCCCUUUAAUGAGAAAUAUUUGCCCUGAGCACAAAGCCACGAUCUUUAUAUAAGCAGGAGCUCCGUCCCUUGUACUUCACUCUGCCUUUAGCAGCUGCCUGGAGAAGCCGAGAAGCUCAAAUCCCAUCCAAACAUGACCAAUCUGAUAACCGCAAUCAAUCUAAUCAUCAAUGUCUUUGACCAAUAUGCCUGUACUGAGGGCAAAAAAGACACUUUAUCCAAAGGGGAAUUGAAGACUAUGAUGGAGAAGGAACUGCCUGGACUCAUGAAGCAGCUGCCUGGAGAAGCCGAGAAGCUCAAAUCCCAUCCAAACAUGAGAGAACCGGAAGCCGCAAUCGAACAACUCGGCAAUGUCUUUGCCAAAUAUUCCUCUACUGAGGGCAAAAAAAAACCUUUAUCUAAAGGGGAAUUGAAGACUAUGAUGGAGAAGGAACUGCCUGGACUCAUGAGGAAUGCGAAAGGUAAAGAUGAGUGGGGCCAGCUUCUAAAGGACCUGGAUAAAAAUGGAGACAAUCAAGUGGAUUUUAAUGAAUUUAUGACAUUUGUUGGUGCGCUCACCUAUCUGGGGCAUUAA